AUCAUCACUGCACGUCAGUUCCAUUUUAUUAAUGAAAGUAAAACCUGGAUGGAUGCUCAGAUGUACUGCAGAGAAAAAUACGCAGACCUGGCAACUGUACAUGACAUGGAAGAUGUGAAAACUCUAAACAAAAUCUUCAAGGAUGCAAAUCGCUAUCCAGUGUGGAUUGGAUUGUAUGAUGACAGGAAUAACUGGAAAUGGUCAAUAUCUGACAGCAGUUUCUACAAAGAUGGCGAAACUGAGUUUAGAAGCUGGUUGUCUACUCAACCAAAUGAAUAUGGAUAUUUUGACUAUUGUGUGACAACAGAUUCAAAUGGAAAGUGGAAUGACAAGGACUGUAAAACAUCCUAUAACGUAAUCUGCUCUGAUGUGGAAGGUCAGAAUGUGACUUUUGUUUACAUCAACAUUAACAUGAAUUGGACCGCAGCUCAGAGCUACUGCAGAGAACACCACACAGACCUGGCCAGUGUUAGAAAUGAUUUGGAAAACACCAGGAUCAGAGAGAUGAUUCCUGGGGGACAGUUUGCCUGGAUUGGUCUUUUCAGAAGUCCCUGGAUGUGGGUGGAUGGCCUGAAACCCUCACUGAGAUACUGGGCAGACUCUGAACCUGAUGUUGCAACAGAAAUUUGUGCAGUAGCAUACUUUGGCCCUGGCUCCUCAGGGAAAUGGGCAGACUGGAACUGUGCCCGGAAGACAACAUUUGUUUGCUUUAGUGGUAUGAAGCACAUGGUGAAACUGAAGCUGAGGAGCAGCUCUUCUCUGGAUCUUAAUGAUCCCACUAUACAAGAAGACAUCCUGAAACAGUUACAGCAGAAGCUGGUCAACCAGGAAGAAAACAAAAGCUUCAAGCUGAGUUGGAAGAAACUUUCAGAUGGGAGCAUCUUCUAUACGGAGAAGAAAGAGGAUCUUUAA